AUGUCUGCACCUCCAGUUAUCCCAAACCUUGAGCCAAUUACUGCUCCUCUUUUCCUUGGUUCUAUGUUCAAUUGGGGUUUGUGGGGUAUCCUAGCAUGUCAGACAUACCUGUAUCGCAUGUAUUUUCCAAAGGAUAAACUGGUCUUCAAGGCUCUGAUCUACGUUACUUUCCUUCUGGAGACCAUCCAAACUGCACUCUCCACAUACGACAACUAUAUGUGGUUUGUGCGCGGGUUUGGUGAUCCCUCCGUUCUUGACAAAACCUUCAUAUCGCCCUUCGACGCACCUAUGAUGGGGGCUAUAAUAGCCUUGUUUGUUCAACUAUUCUAUGUCUAUCGGAUCUAUCUAUUAAACAACUCGUGGGCAUGGUUUUGCGUCCUCAUCAUUAUAAUUACUGUCGCGCAAACAGUGGGUGCUUUCAUCGGCGGCAUUCGCGGCCUCAAAGCUGGCGUGUUUUCAAUAGUAGCAACUGGCUCGAUGAAUGUGGUGGCCGCAUACCUCUGGCUUGUUGGAGCGGCAGUUGCGGAUGUGAUGAUUGCGGGGGCCAUGUUCUUUUCGCUUAUUUACACUCGUAGGAGUAACUUUCGCACGUCCCAAGAUAUACUACUCAAGGCUGUCAUCUUGAUAAUUGAGAGCAAUACCCUCACAGCGGGAAUUGCAGUGCUAUCAUUGAUUAUGUUCGUCGGAUUCCCGAAGCAGACCUGGUUCACAUGCCCAUCGCUCGUUUUGGGGAAGGUUUAUGCGAAUUCGCUCAUGGUCUCCUUCAACAACCGUAUCGUCUUUCGCAAUCUCAUGCCCACUGAGAUUACGUCUACCACUCAGAAUAACCUGACUUUCAACCACCCUUCGUCUGACGUUCCUCUGAGCCCUCUCAACACCCCGACGUCGCGUUCCAAGUUCAACACUGGACGGUACACCCUUGACUCGCAGGAAACCAUGGCAUUCAACAUCAACCCCUUGGACAGUGUUUCUGCCCCCGGCGGAAAAGGCCAGUAUGUGUAGGGCAAGUACGGAGUACGCGUCCGCCCGACCCGAUCGAAAAUAAAUCACUCGCGGCUAUUCUUGAAUGAACUUAGUGAACUCCUUGUUGACGAAAAGUGCUUUCAUCUUAUAUUAUUUUUUGUGUAGUUUUGCAUGUAUCAUCACUGGAUUAUCUAUUGCAUAAAUUAUGAGUACUUACUGUCUGGUGAA